AUGGCUGCGUUGGUCCAGACGAUUCCGCAACAAAGUGGCACGGUUCCUGUGCUUUCAACUCGUCCAUCAUCCUCUUCGGGCACCUUCACACCCUCGUCUCAAAAUUCGCAACAGCAAAACGCUAGGAAUUCGACUAUGUCUUGGAAUACAUACAACACGGGCGGUUCGGGCAGCUACAGGGCAGGCCACCAGGUUGUGGCCCCCUACGCUUUCACCAGCACGCCCAACCUGUCCGGUUCCGCCAAUGUGCAGAACCGUCAGUCGUGGUCCCCUCAUCUGAGACCGGAGCAUCGAACUACAUCGGCCCCGUCCGCCCCUCAGCUAUCUCCUAGUCUCCCUCCUACUCUUCCUCCUAUCGGUGUUACCUCGCGGUCGGCCAAUCAUCCUGCAGCUGGUUCUGUAUCCACCUCUUCGUCCAAUUCUUCCGUACAAUCCUACGUCUCAAAAGACGACUCGGCCAUCCCUUCUUCAAGGCAGCUACGGACCGAACCCCCUCUCCGCCCCCUAUCGACCAUCAAUCUGCCGUCUCCUUCAUCAUCUUUCAUGAACAUAUCUUCUCCUACCGUCCGUCCGUCCCCUGAUCGUUACCGUCGAGGAUCCCGGCGUCCGGAUAGCGUAGUUGGCACGCCACCCGCCAGUACGACGACAAAUGUGUCGGGCCCGUCACGAUCUCCGUCAGGAACCCCGGAUGAGAAUUCGUUACAGGCGCCGCUCAGAAAUCCGGGCCACCAUCGGGGCUCCAGUGCCGAUGAUACGUCGCGUGGGGAGAAGUCGCAACCGGAGUUGGCUAAGAGAUACAGGCGACGGAGCUGGGGGAAUAUGGAUAAUGCCGGCCUUAUCAAUCUAGAGCUUCAUCUGCCGACUUCCUCGCCGACCCCAUCGGCAGGCGGUACUGACUACUUUGACACAAAUCACCGGCCACGAUCGGCACAAUCCCAUCGCGAUGUUACGACGAGCAUUCACUCGGCUCAUUCCUCGACCUCUUCGGUUCCUGAGCCCGGAAACACAGAGCCCGCAUCUUCGUCCGGCAAAGCUGCCGCCAAACCGGAAGAUUCCAAACGGGCUCCGAAGCCAUCGCCGCUAUCGAAGCCUGUCGAUGCUGAUCCGACGCCCGUGGCAUCGCCCACUCAGCCGCAAAGCAAAGAAAAACCCAACCCGAUGGAGAGUGCUGCUACCCAGCGACUGUCUGAACUGUCUAAGAACGACCUCAGACGGCCAGGGAAAUCCCGGCUGAGAAGAGCUUUCUCCUUCGGAAGUGCCUCGGAGCUAAUGAAGGCGUCUGCUCAGACCAGUGCGGGGAAGAAGGAGGCUAUUGCCCUUGAGAAAGCUCGCAGGGAAUUGCUUCAGGAAGAACUUGGUCCAGAGCAGGCCGCUAUUGCGGAACAGCAGGAAGCCAGUGGCUUGGGAGAGAGCAUCUACUCGCAUCACCAAGGCCGAUUCUUCAAUAGCUCCACGGAUAAUAUUUCCGUCUCUUCCACAGCGUCCUCUGCCUCGAUUAUGCUUCGCAAAAUGGGCAAAGGAAUGAAACGAUCGACCCGAUCUCUGGUUGGAUUAUUCCGCCCCAAGUCCGUUAUCAGCAUGACGUCGACAGAUGCCGCCGCCAUCGAACCAAUGGCGCCGCAACUGUCCGUUGUCAACAUCGAAGCGGAAAGGAAAAGCGUGACCGUAAACCCGGACCCGGCAGAUCUUCCUCGUGGCGGCACCGUAUUUCCAAAAGUCGAACAGACUGCCCCGGAGGUGUCGGGUCCCGAUGACGGUGGGUUGGACAAAACCCAGUCGCGGAAGAGUAUCGUCGGGGGCGACAGGGAGCGAGCCGAGGUAUUGGCCGCUGUUCGCAAAGGCAUUUUGAAAAAAACCCAUUCCGACCCAACGACCAACAAGCCAUCGGGGGGCUCCCAGACCGUUAGCAACAACGAUACUCCCCACUCUAGUGCUCCCAGCACCCCCGAAGACCAGACGCGAUCCGGCAGUCGCCGCCCUGAAACGGUCAGGAUUGCCGGUGACGACGACUUCAUCUCGGUGGGGCGGUUUGCCGACAGCAAGGGUGCCCCCAUCACUCCGCAGGCUGUAGCUUCCAAGAGCCUGGUGUUCAGCCCUCGUAUCCAGUUUCACGACACGUGGCCCAGCGGGGAGUACGACCGUCGGGGAGACAUUGCCACCUGCAACCGACUGACGCCGCUCCUUGCCCAGCAGAUCAAGGAGGAGCUCAACAAUUUCAAAAUGGAGAUGGAAGUUCACGAGACCUCUAAAAUUUAUACCCAUUUCCUCUGA